CAAAAGAGAUAAAAAAAAGUGACACAUUGAUAACUGUUUUAAAGACUAGGAACAAAAUUUUCAAGCUGUUUUAUUCUCAAGAGAACUUUAGGUACUUCAACAGCUGGAAUUCUAGUCAGACGGAUGUAAUUGAGAGAUUUGAAUCUCAACUUAUAUGCUUCAUUUCAUGUUGUCAAAGUAUUGUCAAGCUCCAACUUAAGACAUAAUCUAUUUCCAAUCAAACUGCUUUUUUGUGGAAGUUUCAGUUUUCAGGAACCUUUGCUGCUUGUAUGAAGUGCUAAUUUUCGUCACAAGGCCAUUACAAGGUUGUUGAUUGUUAAGCGAUUCCAAGACUUCUACUACUACUUAGAUGUGAUUGGUGACGAAUGUAUGAGAUAACAAUUUGAACUAAAAAUUCCUGAUAAAAAUGGCUGGUCCAUCUGGAGGAAGUACUAAUUUUGGAGGCUCCAAUUCUAGCAAAAAGCAUGGUUUAAGUCGUUUUUCUCUUGCUCGCUUGUUCAACAUAUCUACAUAUACCCAUCGUACCACUGCUCAACGCUGUGCUAAUAAUUUUGAUGAUCGAAGAUCAGAAAGCAGUUCUUUUGGAUUUGGAGGUAUACCUACAAGGACACAACAGAGUAACUUAGAUGCUAAUCGUCCUGUGCCAGGCCCUUCAUCUUCAAGCUCAGAAUCAAGUUCGUUUAAAAAUUAUAUUGUUCAUACAGACAGUAAAGAAAUGUCCCAGGAUUGUUCAAAAAAGGCUAAAGAGUACUUGGAAUGUCCACUUUGUCUGUUUGAGUUCCCGCGUUUAAGCUUUCCUGAAUUAAAGUCUUGUAGUCACCGUGCUUGUUAUAGUUGUCUUCAGCAGUACUUAAAGAUUGAAAUUACAGAAAGUAGGGUUAAUAUAUCCUGUCCUGAAUGUACUGAACCUAUUCAUCCAAGUGAUAUUUGCAUGAUCUUGAACGAUGAAAUUCUUUUAGGGAAGUAUGAGUCAUUUAUGUUAAGAAGAGUUUUAAUCACAGAACCUGAUGCAAGGUGGUGUCCUGCUCCUGACUGUGGUUAUGCUGUCAUUGCAAGAGGUUGUGCUGGCUGCCCAAAACUGAAAUGUGAACGUCCUGGUUGCAAUACUUUUUUUUGUUAUCACUGUAAGCAAGAAUGGCAUCCCAACCUAACUUGUGAUGCAGCUCGAGCUCAAAGGGCCCACCAUUAUGCAAAUCCUCGCUCAUCUUCUGUAUCUUUCAGUCAAGAUUCUAUAGUACAAACUGGAGAUGACAUAAAACCCUGUCCAUGUUGCAAAGUAUUAAUCAUAAAAAUGGAUGACGGUUCAUGCAAUCACAUGACUUGUAGUGUUUGUGGGACAGAAUUCUGUUGGUUAUGUAUGAAAGAAAUUUCUGAUCUUCAUUAUCUCAGUCCAUCUGGUUGUACAUUUUGGGGUAAGAAACCGUGGAGUCGAAAGAAAAAGAUAAUGUGGCAACUUGGUAUGUUAGUUGGAGCUCCUGUAGGAAUUGCGCUUAUUGCUGGCAUUGCUGUCCCUGCAAUUAUAAUUGGAAUUCCUGUUUGGGUUGGUCGCAAACUACACACAAAGUAUACAAGACCUGCAACAAGUAGACAUAGUCGAAACCUCAUUGUUACUAGUGGCGUUGUUGCAUCUGUUCUUGUUUCCCCUAUUCUAGCUGGUAUAGCUGUUGGCAUUGGUGUUCCAAUAUUAUUGGCAUACGUUUAUGGAGUUGUGCCAAUUUCACUCUGUAGAUCAGGAGGAUGUGGUGUUUCAACAUCUGCAUCUGGCGUUCGCAUCGAGUUUGAUGAAGAAAAUGAAAUAGGAAUGGGCAAUAAUCCAUCUGCAGGAAAUUAUGACGGUGCAAGUGUUGAUACUACUGCAAGCCAGAGAGGAGUGAAUCCCAGCAUUGGUGAAGUAUCUUUAGGCAUGUCUGCCAGCUUAAGUUUAGGAAGUGGAAGCCAUUUAGAUCGCAUAGCUUUAAAUAGAGAUAGGGAAAGUGACAGAGAAAGUGCCAGCAAUGUAGCUCUUGCUGGGAGUAUAGCAAGUGCCUCUCUAAUGGCUGGAGCUGGAAAGUUAGAAGUUCAAGCUGAUGUUUCUUCUAAUAAGCGAUUUAGCCUCAGCAGUCAUAGUGAAACAGCUUCAGCCACUGUUAGUCUUAGUGAACGCUCUGCAAAUAUGUCACUUGCCGACGAUGCAAGUACUAAGGCUUUAGCUGGAUCUAUAUUGGGUUAUAGGGAUAGCUCAGCAGUAACUCCAGUGGAAGUUCAUGUUGAUGCACAAAACCUAGAAAAUAAUGCUGAUUCUGUGUCGCGGGAUCAAUUAGAAUUAAAUUCCAAUUUGCAAGACUAUUAUCAGUUUGUAACUUCAGCAAGUGAAAAAGUAGAACCUUUAUUGAAUCCUCAUCCUACUUGUGGUGACUGUAUACUUUAUUCAACGUUUCGACUUAAGUUAUCCAAGAGCUGUAAGAAACGACACCGCAGUAGCACCGUUCCCGAAGACGUGGAAUCGGAUUUCACAAAAAACUCUGAUUCAGUCUCACUCAAUUGUGAAAACCACUUUCUGCCAAGCCACGUUCACUUCAACGAGCUCAAAGAAUGCUGUGUUAGUUACAUUGAUGAAAGUCCAUCUGUGGACAGUUUGAUAAAACCCUCUGAGAGUAGUUCCGAUACUGAAGUUUUUUUACCGAGUGAAGGAAGAAAAUUUAAAAGAUUUCCAAGCAGUUGUUCCCAAGAUGCUCACUCCCUUACGAAGCAUCCGUCUCUAGCUCGAGAUUCCCUCACAUCCAAGCAGACUGUUGAAGCAAAAUGUGUUACCCGUUCGAUUAGCUUCUGUAAUAGCUGUACAUCCACGCAUAGAUCUUGCUGUCCCUCUGUCUUUCAGGGUGGGGCUGAUUCCAAAACAAGGUACAUGAGGCACCGCCUUCCUCCCGGAAGUAAUUAUUCUGAAUUAAAUGCCUUAUCAAACAGAGCUUACAAAAUUCCUUGCAGCAUGCAGGAUAUAUCUGUUGAAGCUACUGCCAAAGAAGACAUGGCUUGCAGUCCCUCCUCAAAUACAGUUCCUGCAUCUGCGAGUUCCAAACCUCUUCUGAGUUCUAUCCAAGAUCACAAAACUUACAUGCAAAUUGAAGAACCUGAAGUCAAUUCAGACUCUUCCCCCUACAGUACCACUCAGUUUCACACAAAACUGUGUAGGCUUGAAAGAGACAGUAGAAUACAUCUACAACCUGAUUCUGAAGUUAUAGACUCAAGAGUGUCUGAAAGUAAUGUUGAGAAGACAUAGAUGUGUGCAAUAUAAAUAAUCUCUUUUUUAUGUUGCAUGAAUAUUUGCUUGAAAGACUAAUUCUGCUGUCAGGAUCAAUAAAUGUGAUAAAUGUGGGUAAAAAAAAUUUGUAAUUUUGAUACAUGAUUUAAACGCAUUAGUUAAGAUUUCAUUCUAAAUUCUAUAAUGAAAUAUAAUGGCUGAUAUAAUAAAGUUUUGAUUUUUUUUAAAGAGCAAAGUGUACUUUGUUUAUUUAAGCAUUUGGUGCCUGUCUGUAACAUUAACUAGAUGCUUGAAACAAGUUAGAAAUUGUCUAUUGAUGAUUUUUUUUAAAAUGAAAUUUUUAGUUUUAAUUAAACAGUAUUAUUUAAAUUCAAGAAGCAGAAAAAUUUCAUGAAUGCCUGUCUUAAAAGACCACAUAUGAAAAUUAGCCAGUCUUUCUUUGAAUUCCAAGUGUACUGGCGAGCUUGUAUAGAUUAUUCAAGAUAUAUAUUGUAAUAAAUAUUUUACAAAACUUGA